AUCAAGUUGAAUGCUUGAUCACGUGAUUCUCAAAAUGGCGAGCGGCAGUUGUUGUCUCGUGAAAAUCGGUCCAUCAAUUUUAAAUUCGGAUUUAUCCAACUUAGCUUCCGAAUGUCAGCGCAUGAUGGACGCCGGUGCAGAUUAUUUACACCUGGAUGUGAUGGAUGGACAUUUUGUCCCCAAUCUUACGUUUGGGCAUCCAGUCGUAAAGUGUUUGAGACCAAAACUGCCCGAUGUUUUCUUCGACAUGCAUAUGAUGGUUGCCAAACCUGAACAGUGGAUAGAGGAAAUGCAGGCAGCCGGAGCUAGUCAGUACACCUUUCACUACGAGGCUACAGAAGACCCAAAAACUUGCAUCCGAAAAAUAAAGGAGGCUGGAAUGAAGGCUGGUAUAGGUAUUAAACCAAAGACCCCAGUGGAAGUUUUGGACCCAUUUAUUGACCUGGUGGACAUGGUGCUCAUAAUGACAGUGGAACCUGGAUUUGGGGGUCAAAAAUUCAUGGGAGACAUGAUGCCAAAGAUUGCGUACCUAAGAGAGCACUUUGGUCAAAUUGACAUUGAAGUAGAUGGAGGUGUGGGUCCAGCCACCAUACAACAGUGUGCAGAUGCAGGUGCCAACAUGAUAGUGUCUGGCAGUGCUUUGAUCAACAGUGAGAACCCCCGGGAGACGAUCAGGUACAUGAGGACUGUAGUGGAGGAGGCGAUACAGAGGUCCCAGCUCGAGAGAUAGCACAAACUUGAAUCUGGAAUAGACACUUGCACUUGCUUGAAUUAUUAUCUGAAGUGUUGCUUACUUGAACAAUUCAGGGAAAACCAGGAGGAAUAACUGUUGCUCAAGUCGACAAGAUCAUGAUUUACUUUAACCCAUUUAAGCCUUGUGGACUCUCACAUCUUUCUAUACUGGAUCAAUUUAUUAUCAAAAUUAGGGAUUUCAAGUAUACUUAUUUCUAUAUUUAGAAUAUUCUUACAGAAAUUCCUUUAAGCAACCAGGGUAGACCCAGAUGAGACGCCGCAUGAUGCGGCGUCUCAUCUGGGUCUACGCUGUUUGCCAAGGCCUUUUUUCUAUACGUUAGGCAUAAAUGGGUUAAACCCAUGUAUUGAAGCAUGAUUGCAUCAACAGCCUAAGGCUUAUUGAGAUGCUCUCGAGUCACAUCAUGAUUUCAAGCUUAGUCUUUAAUUUAACCAAUCUAAAUAGUUUUAUCAGUUUUUAAUAACAUUAAUUUUUAUUUCCCCCACCACUAUUGUGGGGGACAUAUUGUUUUUGCCCUGUCUGUUGGUUUGUUGCUUUGUGUGUUUGUUUGUUUCCGUCAAACUUUAACAUUUGCCAUAACUUUUGCAAAAUGGAAGAUAGCAACUUCAUAUUUGGCAUGCAUGUGUAUCUCAUGGAGCUGCACAUUUUGAGUGGUGAAAGGUCAAGGCCAUCCUUCAAGGUCAAAGGUCAAAUAUAUGGGUCAAAAUCACUCAUUUAAUGUACACUUUUGCAAUAUUGAAGAUAGCAACUUGAUAUUUGGCAUGCAUGUGUAUCUAAUGAGGCUGCACAUUUUGAGUGGUGAAAGGUCAAGGUCAUCCUUCAAGGUCAAAGGUCAUUCAAAUAUAUGGGGACAUAGUGUUUCACAAACCCAUCUUGUUUAUAUUUAUUUUGAAGAAUAAGAUAUUCAUUCCUACUGGUUAAAAAAAUAGAUAAAUAAUAUUUUUUAUGUAAAUAUAUGUUUAUGUCCCCUAAGAAGGUCUUAAAUAGUUUUUACAGCUUGUGCUUUAAUUUUGUAGAGUAAGAUCUUUCAUUAUCGUUGUUUAAGAAAUUGGAUAAAUACUAUUUUUAAUUCUCGAACUACUUGUUUCAUACAAGCUCAAGACAACGAGCAUUAAUAUCGAAGCCCAUUGAUUUCAUGUUGAACUGCUGAGUAAAAGCUUGUAUGAACUCCUGUUAGUAAGCCCUGUGACAUGCAUAAACCUACACAUAAUGAAGUUUGCUUAUGUUAAAUCCAUACUUGUUGAAGUAAUGAAGUAUGUCCUUGUGAUCCCCAGUAUGUGGUAUAUAUUUACUAAUCAGAUUUUGUGAUUUUGUAACACUGUUUAGAAUCUUUUAUGGAGCCUUUUAAAAGAUGUAAUUAUU